CCCUUGUCAUUGUUGCUCACUCCAACCCAAACUCUCCGAGGAGAAGGAGAAGCUCUGCUGAUAAGCUUACAACAGGUCACUGGAUGUGGCAUUAUCAAACUCUUCUCUUGUCCGUCGAGUGGAAUUCUGAAUCAUCAACCUGAAACCUCUCUUUUCGAUUGGUAUCAUAGCAUCUUUGUUGCUUGUUUGCUGUAGUAACCUAAUUGGAUCUUGGAAGAUAUGUCAAUGGCGAUGCAUAUGCCUAGCAAAAAUGACGAAUGGAGACCCCCAUUGUUUGAUGGUUCAAAUUAUGCAUGUUGGCAAGCUCGCAUGAAGACGUUCCUGUGGUCUUACCGUGUUUGGUUAUGGUUUGAAAUUGGAUGUGGACCUCCUCCGGUGUUAGACCCUAGUGGUAAAUAUAACCCUAGAUCUUGUAAUGACUGGGAUGAAUCAGACUCUGAAAAUAUUGGCUGGAAUGCUAAGGCACUAAAUGCGAUUUUCUGUGCUGUUACCCCUAGUGUGUUUUGGAAGAUCUCUAAUUGUGGUACGGCCAAGGAUGCUUGGGACACUAUUAAAGUUAAUUAUGAGGAAACACUCUGCGUAAAAAACUUGAAACUUCAAGCCCUAGCCACAAAGUUUGAAGAAUGUAGAAUGCGGAAGUCAGAAACUUUUGAUGAGUUUUAUGAUAGGCUUAGUGACAUUGUCAAUUCUAGGUGCAACUAUGGGGAACUGAUAAGUGAGUCUGAAAUUGUAAGGAAGGUCCUUAGGUCUCUCCCUGAACGAUUUAGGUUUAAGGUCAUUGCUAUAGAGGAGUGUAAGGAUAUUUGUUCCAUGAGAAUUGAGGAUUUAGUAACAUCCCUCCGAACCUAUGAGUUGAACACGUUUCCACCGAAGAGCAUAGAUUUCAAAACCGUUGGGGAGGAUGAUGUUACAUCUAGUGAUGAUGAACUAAGUGAGGAAGACCUAGCUAAAUUGUUUAAGGAAUUUAAAAAAUUCCUCAAGCUCGAAAAGGGUAAAACUUCCACAUCUUCUAGGAAGGGUGAAAACUCAAGGUCUCAUCAGAUUAAGAGUUACAAGAAGUCUGACUCUGGUAAAGGUAGGAAACCCCAAGUUAUUCAAUGUUAUGAGUGUCACGGCUUUGGUCACAUAGCUAAGGACUGUGCUAAUAAGAAAAGGACUAAGGCUAAGGGGAAGAAGGUAGCCACAUGGGAUGACACUGAGUCUAGUGAGGGAGAAUUUUAGUGUUUUUCCUGUCUUCAGGUUCCUAUUGUUGGAUUUAUUUUUUUUUUGGAUGUUUUUUGCUUUUCAUGAUUGUUGGAACGUGUGCUUUAAUGUUAAUUAUCUUUAUCAAUUCACUAUACGUUUCACUAGGUAUUCUUGUUUGAUUGUUUUGAUAUGGAUUAUCCUGGAUUUUCAUCUGCUGCAAUGAAGACAUCUACAACUUUGUGAUGCUGUUGAACGUUUCUCUUAGUGGAAAAGAAUGGGGUCAAUGAAGACAUCUUCUGCAAUCUGUUUGGAUUGCUUUUUUUUUUCUUUCUUUCUUUGCUUUGUAGUUCUCUUUUUUACCUUUUGAACUUUGUAGUUUCCUGCUUUUAUCUAUGAAAGAAGCUCUGUUCUUGCAAAAAAAGGGGACAAAACACUGGUUCUGAGAGACGGAACCUUCAUAGAGAACAAUGACUGGUAACAAAAUAGUCAUCCACCCCUUGGUGACCUAGUGGUCAGUGGUCACAUGUUCGAGUCGCGGAAACAGUCUCUCCGUUUGUUAGGGUAAGGCUGUGUAUGUCGACCCUUUUCAAGAUCUUGCUUUAGCAGGAGUUUCGUGCAGUGGGUAUGUCCCCCUUUCAUUUAAAAUAUAUAUAUGGAAAAUGACUGGUAGCUCGAAAAAAGUGGCCCGAUUUUGGCU